AUGCCUGCAGCCCCUCCCGCGCAAUCGGGCAAGCGCGCGCCGCCCAAACUCGACCUGCGCGCCUUCCAGUCGAGCACCCCCACAACUCCUCGGCGCAACUUCCCCCGACACCUCGUCGACACCCACAUGCACCUGUGGACGCACGAACAGCUCGCUACCGGCUCCGUCAAGUGGCCGACAAACGAGGGCGGUCUCCCGCAGCUCGUCGGGCCCCACGAGCUCGCGGCGUACGGCGCCGUCGUCAACGGCGGCAUCAAGCUCGUUGGCGGCGGCAAGAGCGAGUUCCGCGGCGUCGUCUUUCACGACGACGACGACGUCGACGGGAGCAAGGGCGGGUGGGACGCUGCUCUCAGCGAGGUCGACUCGGUCUGCUCUGCCGCCCUCGACUCUACGGUCCCCCUCCUCGCCCUUGUUCCCUGGGCGCCCGUCCACCACGGCCGAGCGGCGCUGGCCCUCUUCCAGUCGCGCCUACUCGCCCUCCCGUCCCUUCAAGCCCUCGCCGAGCGCCUCGGCUACGCGCCCGUCAAGUCGUUCCGGUACCUCCUCCAGGACUCGCCGCCGGGCUUCUUCCAGUCCGACAGCUUCGUCGACGGCCUCAAGUGGCUCGGCGAGAACGGCUACGCGUUCGACAUGACGCUCGAUGUCACGCACGAGGAGACGGGGCGCACGAGGGUCCUCGAGGACGCCAUCGACGCCAUCGAGCGCGUCAGGGUCGGUCAGGAGGGGGCUCAGCAGACUGUCUUUAUCCUCGACCACUGUGCCAAGCCGCCUCUCACCGCCGACCCGUCCUACCCUCCCGCCGCCUCGCUCACCGCCUACAUCGCCGCCCUGUACCAGCUCGCCCUCCUCCCCAACGUCUACCUCAAGCUGUCGGCCCUCCUCGACUCGGCCGACCGCGAGACGGUCGCCGCCGCGUUCGCCGAGUUCAGCUCGGGCGAGUACCGCCGCAAGCGCAAGGACGGCGCGUACGACCGGCUCAGGAGCAGGAUCGGCGCCGUGCUCGAGCCGGCCGUCGAGGCGUUUGGCGAGUCGCGCAUCUUGUCGGCGGCGUGGGCGUUCGAGAUGCAGCUCUACCUCGACUGCCUGACGGGUCUCGGCCUCGAGGGCGACGCGCUGGACGCGCUCUUCGAGGGGAACGCGAGGGUGGCGUACAAGCUGGGCGGCGGUGCAGCGGCGACCUGA